AUGUCGAGAACACGCGUCACUUUAGACAAGGAAAAUAACAUGAAUUAUAUACCGUCGGCAUCGAAGAAUUCAUCCGCAGCUGCAUCAUUGGCCAUUUUCAAUACAUCGACGAAAAUCUUAUCGUAUGAUGAAGCUGCAAAAAGAUUUUCAUCAGUGGAUUUGGAACGAAUCGAAGCAACAUUUCGGGAUUUAACAAAUGCCACCAAUGAAUUGAGUUACAUCAGUUUCAAACGUGAUGUUUUCGCCAAUUUUUUACCUGAAAAAUUGGCAACUCGACUCUUUCAAAUCUAUACAAAUUCGUCUCGAUCAUUCAUGUCUUAUAAAGAUCUUAUCUGUUGUUUCGGUGUGAUUUUUCGUGGAACGGAAAAAGAACGCAUGCAACUUCUCUAUGCCUUAUUUGCUCCAACUGGAAUUUUGCGUUGGUACGACGUUGCCGACUUCCUUCGUCAAUGCGGUGAUCAAUUACCUGAAGAUUUGAAAAGAUUCUUCGAAACUAAUGAAAUAGUAACACAAGAAAAAUUUCUUAAAUGGCUAGAAUAUCAUCAAGGACAUCUGACAGCAAUAACAGAUUGGCUUUUGGAUGAACAGCGUUGCCGUGAAUUGCUAAGUCAUUCAAUCGAUAGAGUUUCUAAUCAAUAUGCAAUACUCUCCGGUGUCACACAUUUAUCAGAAAAAGAAAUCAAAGAUCUCGAACAGAGUUAUUAUCAAUUAUAUUCAUGGGGAAGUACUAAUAGUCGACAGCAACAGCAGCAGCAGCAGCAGCAGAUAUCCUCGCAGUUAUUUAGUAAUAUACUUUCGAUGGUGUUUCCGUCAAUACUUGUGCAAGGUGUAUUUGAAGCAUUCGACGAAAAUCGUGAUGGAAGUGUUGACUUCAAAGAAUUCGUUUGUGGGCUGAGUGCGGCUUGCCGUGGUCCACAAUUCGAAAGAUAUAAAUUUCUCUUUCGUGUAUUCGAUCGUGAUCAUGAUGGGAUACUCAAUCGUUCUGAUAUUCUCUACAUGACUUCAUGCCUGAUCGAAGUCGCUCAGUUUGUUCCUCAUGGUCAAUUGGAUAUUACACCCGACGAAUAUGCUGAUAAGAUUUUAACUAAUAACAUGCAGAUACUGAAACCCGAAGAUUUUCUUAUAUGGUGUCAACAAGACGGAUUAAUAACUGAAUUGUUUGAUCUUAUCUUUCAAACAUGUCAUAUCGUUCUAGGACUACGACCGGUAUCCCCACAGGAUGAAGUUGCUAUUGUUAAACAUUUCCUUCAACGUGAAAAACGUCCUCUUUUCGAAUCAGCUUUGCAAUACAGUCGUCCGUCGUCGAAGCCUGGUUCAAUGUGGUUUCUAAUUGCUAUCGAUUGGUGGAUUCGAUGGGAAGCCACAUGUUCAUUAUCACCUACCAAUAGCAAAGAAGUACUGAAUAAAAAGAGUGCAUCUGCUAAAUCAUCUAAAACCGAGACCAACCGUGAACCUGGUGAUAUAAACAACAGUUCAAUAGUCGAAAAAGUGAUCUCGAAUGAUUGUGUGCAAUUGAAAAGCAGUCUCCGUUCAGGAAUUCAUUUCGAAAUGAUACCAGAAUUACUCUGGAUAUUUAUACGAAAGUACUACAAUUGUAGUGGACCUAUUGUGUGUCGUAAAGUUGCUUAUCGGAAACAACUGAAUAAACCGGAACUUGAUCUUUAUCCUUUGAUCGUUAAAAUUUAUCGCAAUCAAAUUCUGCAAACACCGCCGGUAGCGAACAACAAUAGUAAUAGUUCUCAAUCAAUGCAAUUUGCCUACCCAUUACUGAAUUUUGUGUCAGCAACGAUGUUCCGGUCAAAUAAUUCUUCGACGUCAACUUCAUCGAACUCGUCACGACAUUAUUUUGCUUGCUCAUACUUUGUCAGUCAAUAUCAAACAGUUCGAUCACUUGCCGAAGAACUCUCUGUCAAAUUUGGUAAAUCUCUCGAAGAGAUUCGAUUGUGGAUAAGAUUUAACGAAAAUGAACUACAAGCAAUCGAUUUCGAAUCUAUCGAUGAAGUCACAUGUCAAGAAGUUGGAUUUACUCAAAAUACAGAAAUUUUACUUGAGAUACGAAACAAUGAUUUGACAUGGCCGGAAGAACUGUAUACAUUAGCAACACGAUCAAAAGCGUUAGCUGCAUCGAACUCAUCGUCGAGUAAUUCACUAGGAAAUGUUGAAGAAGAUGGCCGCGGUCAAAUCGGUCUUUCUAAUCUCGGUAACACAUGUUUCCUGAAUGCUGCUGUUCAAUGCCUCAGCCAUUCAUUUCCACUAACGUUCUAUUUCCUACAUAAAUAUCAUUUAUUCGAAAUCAAUAAAGAUAAUCCUAUUGGAAUGCAAGGAAACAUUGCCCUAUGUUAUGGGCAAUUGGUUGCAAAACUUUGGGGUAAUGUUCGUGGACCAUUAGCGCCAUUUGAACUGCGAGGAUCCGUAGCGAAAUUUGGCUCGUCUCGUUUUACAGAUUUUCAACAGCAUGACUCGCAAGAAUUUCUUUCGUUUCUACUCGAUGGUUUACACGAAGAUCUCAAUCGUGUGUACGAUAAGCCUUACGUCGAAUUGAAAGACAGCGAUGAUCGGCCAGAUGAAGACGUUGCACAAGAACAUUGGUCAAAUCAUUUAGCUCGAAACACAUCGAUCAUUGUCGAUUUAUUUCACGGUUUACUCCGUUCGCAAGUCAAAUGCCGAGUGUGUGAAUUCAAAAGCGUCCGAUUCGAUCCAUUCAAUAUCCUUUCAUUGCCGCUACCAUACGAUACAUCCGUUUACAUCGAAGUUAAACUCUUUCGUCUGUAUGAGCCAAAACCAACACGCUAUGGCGUAAAACUGAAUGGAGAAUUAACAGUUGAUCAUGUCAAAAGUCAACUGUCAAAUUUAUCAUCAGUACCAGUCGAACAAUUGGCAUUCUUCGAUGUCACAUCCCCAUCGUGUCUUCGUCGUUACACAGUCAUGGAUUUGAGUAGUACAAAAGUCAAACAGUUGAAUCUUCACAACUUUGUCGCUUAUGAAUUACCUAUUUUCAAAACAGAUGACAGUGACCAAGUGAUCACGUCAUAUAUCGUUGCGGUACAUCGUCGAUUGGAGCGACAAGAACGGUAUUUAUCACCUUUGACUCGCUAUCGUAUGUUAUUCUUCGGCCAACCGAUUCUGAUUCCAUAUAACAACGUCGAUUCGAAUAAAACGACAAAUAAACACAUUUAUGAACGGAUUUCCAAGCAAUUAGAACGACUAUUGAGGAAAAAUACCGAUGCCACAUACGUUUCGAAUCAUGCACUCGAUUGCGACGAUUCUCUUGGCCAACGUUACCCAUUUGUAUUGAAACAUGUUACAGAAGAUGGAAAGCGAUGUUCACUUUGUCCAUGGAAUCGCUUUUGUUUGGGUUGUUCCUUCGAAUCAGAUGACAAAGAAUUUUUACAUUCGGAAGGAAAUAUCGCCAUUGAAUGGGAAUCCGCUGCGUAUUACCUACGAUAUUUAUCGGCUCGCGAACAAGAUGUAGAAAUUCACCCGAGUGUAAAAUCUUCGCGCGGAUGGAAUAACAUGGAAUCAAGUAACGAUGAAUCAUCUGCAGUCAUUACAUUAGAGGAUUGUCUUCAAUCGUUUAUUAAUUGGGAAAAUCUUGAUAAUAAAGAAUUAUUCAAUUGCAAACGUUGCAAAAAAUCCCAACCGGCUGAUAAAAAACUCGAUAUUUGGAAAUUACCUCCAUGUUUGAUCUUUCAUAUCAAACGUUUUCAAUUGUCGAACAAUCGUUGGAUAAAAUCCUCUCGAGCCGUUCGUUUUCCGAUUCGUUCAUUUCAUCCAGCGAAAUAUCUUGCCCAACGUUCAACAACAACAAGCUCUCGAGCAACAUCUCUAAACGAAGAUAAUCUCAGUGAUUCAUCAUCUUCUUCGUCUUCACCAUCGGCAACAACACCAGAAGGCUUAUCCACUGCAUCUUUAGAUAACAUUCUUAUCCUGUCUCCAUCACGUCUCAUGAAUGGCAAUGCACACGCGGAUACCAAUAUUGGUUUACCACCGCCCGAAACAGCAAUUCAAACAUCAACAAAAAACAAGACCCGUUUUAGACGACAUAAAAGAAAACCGAAACAGUCAAAAGAACAGCUAAGUAUUCCACGGCCACCGAGAUUUACUCAAACGACUGAACGAUCGACGAGUUUCGGUGAUAACAGUUUCGAUACUGAUAAUGCAGCUUACAACCUAUAUGCCUUUGUGUGCCACUAUGGAGUCAUUGGUGGUGGACAUUAUGUUGCCUUUGUGAAAAACCAUAUCAACCAGCAAUGGUACUGUUUCAACGAUAGUUCAUGCAAGCCUGUCUCUGAAAGUGUCCUUGAACAAUGUUCCUCGGCUGCUUAUUUGCUAUUUUACCAACGUGAAUCACUUGAUCAUCGUUGUUAUAUGCCUAAUAUCGACGGCAAAAAUCAAGUUACAGAUGAAUUUUCCCUGCCUAGUGAUGAUCGUUGGUGUUCAUUGAUGUGA